UCCAGAAAGAAAGCAAGGAGCAUAUACACCUCUUCACACAGAACUAUAUCUAAUACGUUUGACAUGAUGGAUAUCAAAGCUGCCUCUCUCUGGAUUAGUGUUAUCUGUGUCUGCAAUGCAAUUCCAAUAUUCCAGCCCCAACUUGGAAUUGUUGCAAGCGCCAGUAAUGAGAUUCUUGGGCUAGGGGGAGUUACCCUUACAGGUGUUGGCUUGGGUCAAACACAGGGUACAUCCUUCAUCAACCCAUUUUUCCGGCCCAAUGUCAUUAUGCCCCAGCGGGUGCUGAAUUUUAACCCUCAGGCAGCUGGUCCCUUCCUACCCCAGCAGGCCACACCUGGGCUCCUGCCCGCGCAGGGGAACCAGGGGUCCCCUUUCCAAUUCAACCCAGCCCAGCAGGACAUGCCCACCGGGCCCCAAUUCUCGGACCCCAAUUCCCCACAGUUCCAACCCCAGGUCUUUCCUCAGUACUAUCCCUCCAUGGCAUUUCCUCAAGGAGCUGGAGGACAGGGCUAUCCAUACUACAUGUCCUAUGGCUAUCCUCAGAGAAACACCCCUGGAGUGGUGCAGCCCAACCCAAACAAUGCACAGCAGAAUAUUGUGCAGACGACCCAGAAACCCCAACUGCCAAUUCAGAAUCCAGGAAAAGGAGGAGAUACCUUGAAUACAACUUCACCCCCUGAUACUCGUGGAGACAUGGCUGGCCCAGUGAUUGAGGAGGGUUAUCCAAGAUUUUCAUUUCUGCCAUGAACUACCUGACAAGCUGACAACAAGUCCCCUUUAUGUAUUUUCAGUUGUGGUAUCAUUUAUUUCCUAAUAAACUAGUGUGUCAGUCUCUUUUGGAAGUUGGCUCAGUUAACUUAAUUUUGUUGUUUUCACUGUUGUCAUUUGUACAUUCUUUAUAGAUCACAUUGU